AUGAUAUUUCAUGCUAAAACUUGGGAACAGGUUUCUGUCUUAGCAGAGAAAGGUAUAAAUUGCGUCUCCAACUGGCUUCAAAACAAUCUGCUUAGUCUAAAUCUCAGCAAAACCAAAUUUAUGUGUUUCAGCAUAACAGAUCGCUCCCGCCCAACGACCCACACGUGCUAUAACCAAUAUCCAUGCCAGUGUCCUGUUCUCGAAUACACCGAAAGUAUAAAAUAUCUAGGAAUAAUAAUAGAUCGAUACCUCACUUGGAAAAAGCACAUUGAUGCACAGUUUUCUAGGAUCAGAAAGCUUAUGUUAAUCUUUAAUCGACUGAAACGAGUAGCGGAGGCCGAAGUUAUUAGAAUAAUUUAUUUAGCACUUUGUCAGUCCAUUCUCACAUACUGUAUAUCGGCAUGGGGAGGAACGGCUGAAUCUUUAUUGAUUAAGUUGGAACGUGCACAGAGAGCAAUCCUUAAAGUUGCCUAUCGCAGGCCGUGUACAUACCCCACAGUCAAACUCCACCUAGAAACAAAAACCCUCUCGGUAAGGAAGCUUUACAUCUUGGCGACCUGUUCAAGAUAUCAUAGAUUCCGUGGGCUCACAAUUCAGGACACAUCUAAGAACAGACGUUUUGCAUUCCCAACGCCAAAACGAAGGACUGUGUUUGGACAACUCUCCUUUGCAUUUAGGGGCCCCUUCCUUUAUAACAAAAUUUCCAAAUCUAUGGAUUCUGAGAUCGUAAAACUAUCCAGAUAUAAAUUAGCAAGUCACAUAGAAACUACACUAGCCAAAUUGGAUUUCGAAUCUACAGAGGCAUUACUACAUAUAUUGGUAUGA